AUGUUGCAGAAUCCUUCCAAAUAUCACGCAAAUCCCUUGUCACACUUUCUGGCAUUGCAUAACACGCAACACGCCAACAGUGUGGCACACACACACGGGCAAGGACACGGACACGGACUCGGACACGGACAUGGACAGUUGCAACCACAUCAUACACUGCCGACGGCGGCGCUGGCUGCUGCAGCGGCGGCGGCUGCAGUGACGGCGGCGGGUCAAAGUUCAUACCAAAUGGGGCUGCAGUCGCAUCAACAGCAACAACAACAACAACAACAACAGCAGCAGCAACAGCAGCAGUCACAGCAGCUUCCAAUUGGCCUCCCACCACCACCCACCAACCCGCACAGGGAGCAGCUGGCGACUGCGACGUCGCACGCGCAGCUCAUUGAGGCAGCCGCGGCGCAUACCUCCCUCGAUGUGGGCAAGUCGUUUACAAUAGCCGCCAUUUUGGGUCUGCAACAGCAACAUCAGCAACAGCAGCAACAACAACAACAACAGCAGCAUAGCAAGGAGUAUAAUAAUGCCAUUAAUUUGUCGCUCAAUGGUGGCAACUCGGGCGGAGGUGGAGGUGCUGCUGCAGACAUCGUUGACCAGGACAACAACAACAGCAAGUGCUACAAUAACAAUAACAAUACCAGCAGCAGCAGCAGCAACAACAACAGCAGCAACAACUAUGACACUGGCCACAACAACAGCCAAAGUGUAAAUACCUUCAAUUGUGAUAGCAGCAACAGUCGUUAUCUGCCCACAGUGCAACAUUCGCAUCCGCAUCCGCAUCCACAUCCGCAUUCCCAUUCGCAGCAGCGUGCGAAUUUUGCUGCUGCUGCUGUUGUCGCCGCUGCGGUUAGCGGUGCCCCAUCCGCGUUGCAGAGCCUGCAGCAGCUGCACCAGCAUCACGCACAGCAGGCAUCGCUCAGUUUCCAUCGCGACAAACUCAAGUCUGAAUCCCAGAAGAAAAGCGCACUGAAGAAUAAGCGAGUGAGAACGAUUUUCACGCCGGAGCAACUGGAAUGCCUGGAGGCGGAAUUUGAGAGGCAACAGUAUAUGGUCGGUCCGGAGCGUUUGUAUUUGGCACAUACGCUGAAGCUGACGGAGGCACAGGUGAAGGUCUGGUUUCAAAAUCGACGCAUCAAAUGGCGCAAACAUCAUUUGGAGCUGACACAGCAGCGCCUGGCGCUCAUCAGGCAAACUCAGAUGCCGGGUGGAUCUGCUACUGCGGCAUCUGUGGCAGCAACGACCUCCGUCGAACUGCCGUUGACGGCUGCCUGUAGUACGGCAUCGCCCAGCUUGCUUGAGGAAGAUAAUGAGGAUAGUAAGCAAUCGCUUUCACUGCCUCUUCGUCCGUUAAGUCGUGCAGCCUCCGACUCUGAUUUGUCCAUAUGCAAUGAUUCUCUAGAUCUGGAUGGCGACAGUCUUAUGGAUGGCAGCGAGGAGGCAUAAAUAAUUUGUGC